AUGGCGAAAUUAGCUGCAACAAUGAAGCUUAAACAAUUGGCUUUGGCUAAAGAAACACUACUAAUUGGAUCAAAGGCAUACGACGAAAUCAACAUAACAGUUGCUUCUAUCAAGAAUUUGGAAACAACAGAUAGCGAGCAAGUAAAUGAAAUCGAAGAGCACGUCUAUAGGGUCGAGAAGGCGAUCCAAACUUAUGGGGUUUCAGCAAGAUCCAAUUUUUUUUUUAACAGACAUAGUGCUGCCCAGAAAAAGGCCAUGUCUGAUAUCACGAGUUUGUGUCUGAUGAUGAAAGAAAUUGCUAUGCAGAAAAAGUCCAACAACAACCAACAAUUGAUGAGGCAAAACAACAACUUUGUGUACGACCAUGAAGACGGUGCAGUUGUUGGAAUGGAGGAAGAAACAGAGGAGAUCAUACAAGUUUUGUUACUUAAAUCACAAGAUUCAAAAUUCGACUUCCAAGCAAUUCCAAUAUGGGGACGUAGUGGCAUAGGAAAGGCUACACUUGCUAAUAAAAUAUACAACGACACUCGCAUUGUUGAAAAGUUUGGACAUUAUCAUCGUGUCAAUAUUCGUCUAUGUGAAAACAUCAAUGCCCAUGACGCACUUCAACAUGUUAUUGAGUCAAUUGAAGGUCGUAUAGAUGAGAAGUAUGUUGACAUGUCCCCAACAAGUUUGGCAAAUUGUGUCAGACAACGUCUUGAAAUGUCAAGGACGUUGAUUGUUCUACAAGGAGUACGCUCAAUUGAUGGUUGGAGGGAGUUGCGUUCUGUCCUGGGAGCUAAAGGUUGCAUGAUACUGUUUACGACUCGAUCAAGAGAAGUAGCAGAAAGCAUAACUCAAGCUGUUUAUAUUCAUGAAAAGAGGCCUUUAACCGAAGAAAACAGCUGGAAGUUAUUUAAGGAGAUGGUUUGGCCAGGAGGAGCUGCAAUCCAAUCAGCAAUGGAUAGAAUGGGUAGGGUAAUGGUAAAAGUGUGUGAAGGUAUACCUGGGGCGAUUAUUGCACUUGCAAAACAGUUAGAAGGAAAGAGUGCAAGUGAGUGGGAGACGAUGCAAAAAAAUGCAGGACGAGAUGUUUCCCAAGUUAUGGCUCCAAGUUAUGCUGAGUUGUCGGAUGAACAAAAAUUAUAUUUUCUUUACUUGGGGCAUUUUAGAGAAGAUCCAGAGAUAGAACCAGAGAAGUUGUCUAAUUUAUGGGAAAUUGAGGGUUUGAUAUCAUCAUCGGAGGGUCAUGAAAGCGGGAUGACAUUAUUGGACAUAACACACGAACGAUUGAAGGUUUUAGCACAAAAGGGAAUGAUAGAUGUGAGACGGAUAAUAGAUGUGAUCAAGUCUUGCCACCUUGUAGGAUUAAUGGGAGAUAUGUGUCUCUCAAAAGCGGAAGAAACAGAUUUUCUCAAGGUCAUGGAUUUAUCUAAUCAGCCUUCCUUUUCAUUUGGCAGGACGCGUAGGCUCGUGAUUUAUCUAGGGAAGUAUGAUGCUAAAGUCAGAACAGAGUUAGCUUCAAACAUUUGGAGUCUUCGAAUCAUCAGAGUACUAGGGGAGUUUGUAUGGCCAUCCACAAUAAUGUCAAAUAUUAAAGAAUUCAAGGCGUUAAGGAUUCUUGAUUUUGGGAGGGUAGACUUUCCAAGAGGGGAACUACCAGAAGGCAUUUUUGGUCUACAAUUCUUAAGGUAUCUGAGUUUCGAAGGAUGCUUCCUGGCGAAGCUGCCCUCGUCUAUCAGCAACUUGUCAUACUUACAAGUCCUUGAUUUGAGAACUCAAUACAAAGAAAAUGGCAACAACAUUAUCAUACCAAAUCAUGUGUUUCAGAAAAUGGCAAGGUUGCAACAUUUGUAUCUUCCACUAGAAUUCCAACUGCGAAAUGGGAAAAAACUCAGACUUGAUGGAUUGGCAGAGCUUCAAACACUGAAGAACUUCAACUCCAAGUUGUGUGAAGUACGCGAUCUCUACAAAUUGGAAAAACUCCGGAACCUAGAUGCAAAGGUUGAAGUGUGUCUUGAGGAUCUUAACUCAAUAACUGACUUUAUGAAAAGUAGGAGUAAUAACCAGAAGGGGCUUCAUCGUUGCUCCAUUGAAGUUAAAAACUUCGAUAGUUAUUCAGAUACAAAACACUCUGCCUUUCGUCAGAUAUUAAAAUCCGGGGUUCCACCAAUAGUGUCUUUUGAGGGUUAUAUUGAAACGCUACCACCACACUUUGAUAUCUCUCAAAAUUUCACGGAGAUUGUCCUUGGUAGCACUCAACUGGAGCAAGAUCCAAUGGCAACACUAGAGAAACUCAAGAAUCUAAGGCUUCUAGUGCUUGAAGAUGAUGCUUUCACAGUGAAAAAGAUGGCAUGUUCUGCUUUGGGUUUUCCAGAGCUCAAACACUUGGAACUCUCAAAAUUAUUCUUAUUCGAGGAAUGGAGGGUAGAAAUUUCAGCCAUGCCAAGGCUUUCUCAUCUCAAAAUUGAACACUGCAAUAAACUGGUAACGCUCCCGGAUCGUUCAGAAUUUCUCGAUUCUCUUUGUGAAUUCAAGAUGAUAAAGAUGCCUAAACCAUUUACUCAAAAGGUUUCUGAGAGAUAUGACAACGUCAAGCAUCCACCUUCUUUGAUGAUAGACGUACUUGACGUUUGA